UGGAGAAGCUCACGGGUUCACUCCGCUGUUAAGCGCCUCCCCAUUUCUCUAAACUACAUUAUAAUGCAACCAACCUCGCUUUUAACCACAAACCGAAUUUGCUUUCAUUUACUCUAUAUAUAUUUCUUAAAUAGGUUAAAGUCAUAGAGAUCUUUUUUUUGUUGGGAAUAGCACUUCGCCCCCGGAGCGGUGCGCGAUGCUAUCUCAUGCCGACCUGCUGGAUGCUCGCCUCGGUGAGUUAUCAUCACCAAACUCCGGUCUUCAACUCUACUGGAUGAAGGAUGCCGCCGCGGAGCUCCUGGGCCACAGGGAGGCUCUGAAGUGCAGGCUCGGCGGAGGGGGGCCUGAUCCCGGGCACUCCGGGGGGGACCUCGGCGGCCCGGGCCCGGACGGCGUGGAAGGGGCCACGAUGCUCCCGGGCGACGACAUCAGCGGCGGCGGCGGCGGCGGAUCCAACGCGGUGCAGGUCAACAGCAAAGAGCAGGAGAAGCAGCAGCAGAACAACAACAACAACAACAAUAACAACAACAGCCAGUCCGGAGGGGGGCAGCAGAGCCAGAGCCAGAAACAGAAGCGGCACCGGACCCGGUUCACCCCGGCGCAGCUCAACGAGCUGGAGAGGAGCUUCGCCAAAACGCACUACCCGGACAUCUUCAUGCGGGAGGAGCUGGCUCUGAGGAUCGGCCUCACGGAGUCCAGGGUGCAGGUCUGGUUUCAGAACCGACGCGCCAAAUGGAAAAAGCGCAAGAAGACCACCAACGUGUUCCGGUCCCCGGGAACCCUGCUGCCGACGCACCACGGCCUCUCCCAGUUCCCGUCCGCGGCGGCGGCUGCGGCGGCCAUGGGCGACAGCCUGUGCUCCUUCCACGCCAACGACGGCCGCUGGGCCACGGCGGGGAUGCCCGGCGUGUCCCAGCUGCAGCUGCCGCAGGCUCUGGGCCGCCAGCAGGCCAUGGCGCAGUCCCUCUCCCAGUGCAGCCUGGGCGCCGGGCAGCCGCACAACUCCAUGGGCCUGUCCAACAUGUCCAACGGCUCCGGGCUGCAGUCGCACCUCUACCAGCCCACGUUCCCCGGGAUGGUGUCCGCGUCCCUGUCGGGCCCGACCAACAUGACCCACUCGCCGCAGCUGUGCAGCUCCCCGGAGAGCGAGGUGUGGAGAGGGACAAGCAUCGCGUCGCUGCGCCGCAAAGCGCUGGAGCACACAGUGUCCAUGAGCUUCACCUAGAGACGAGCGGGGAGAGGCUUCUUCGGUUCGCUUUGGGUUUUUUGACACGUCGCGUUCAGUUACUUUUUCAUCCAAAUGCAUCCAAACGGCGCACCGGGAGAAAUACAACCGGGAUACUUGAUCCAAAAAGAAAACGCACAGCACAUCCGGUCAUUUUAUUUCCUCCCCAAAUGGCAAACAAAGACGGGAACCCCGAAGCGAGUCGCCGGGCCUUCAUCCAGCCUCCAGACGGUUCUCUUAGAAGCUAUAAUUUGUCAUUUAGCAUGUGUGGCAACUAUUUAUUUAUCUAUUUAAAUGAACUUAUCCGUUCUGUAUUUAUUUAUUUAUUCGGCACAUGCGGCCCUCGGUGAACGUUGACUGACAGUUUUUUGUGAAGACAAAUUCUGGAGAUACUUUGAAAUACAAAAAAAACAAAUCGGUUCUGAUGCCCCCCCCC